CACAUGUUGCAACUUACAUUUAAACAUGCAUUUUCCGUUAAGUUGUGCUUAUUAUAUAAUCAUAUUGACAGUUUACCUUUGAUAUUUAUGCUACGUAAAUAUGAUGAAUUGUACGUGUAAAGUAUAUAAUUGUUUGAAUACAUAUCGUACAUCUAAUUCAGUGUAACUGUAGCGGUUAGAAAUAUGGUUUAUAUUCUGGAGGAAACAUAAUGGAUAAGAUUAUUCUAUUUCGAAAUGAAAUUUAUAAUUUUCAUUGUGUGCGUUAAUAGAGUACGAAUUUAUGAAUAUUAGAGUGCACACAAUGUGCAAAUAUAAAGGGGAUGGGAAAGCGUAUUUUAAUAACGCGUUACAGCAUACCCCCCCCCCCCUUAAUUCAUGCUAUGGACGAUAUGUAACGCCUAUAUGUACAGUAGAAACGUAUGGCUUUCAAGUAUAGUUGCUGUAUUUGUGCGUGAAGGUUAGGAGCAGGAGCAGUUGUACGAUCAAACGUGGGUUGGGUGAUAAUAACAGCUCCUGUCACAAUGUAGUGUAUAAUAAUGUUGUGAUAUUACAAUAACAAACGUAUAUUGAUAUACGCAUAUAUUUCAACAUCCGUGUGAUCCAACACAGAAUACAUGGAUGUUGCGAACGGACAAAAGCCCCUUAGUGAGUGGGCAGCCUCCUGCCACUAGUACUUCAGGAAUGGAUAAGGGGAAGGAAUGGCAGAUGGAAUUGCUUAUGGAAAAAUUACGCUCCAAGGCUUCCACAUUCAAGUCCUUGGUCGAAACUGCCAAAAAUCUGCGCAUGGCGAUGCUGGAUAAGAGGUUUGCCAUAGAUAGUGCAGAAAAGGGUCAGCUACAAAAAUGUUUAGAUACUUUGCAGCAUUCCAUAAAAGUAACCUCCUUGCAGUCCAUGGUGGAACGCUUGGAGAGUUUAACCAGACAAUUGGGCUUAAAAUUUAUGAUGUCUGGUCCUCCAGGUACAGAGUUGUUUAUAUCUUCAGAUAUGUUCUUUUUGGAAGUUCUUUUGGAAUCCACAGGUGUAGUUAAAGAUGUAAAGAUUCACCAUGAAGGAAAAAAUGAACAACAGAGCUGUGAUGUGUUGGUAUCUUGUUUGUCACGGGGAGACUUCCUUGAUUUUACAGUACAAUUAGAAGGUUUAGCAUCUAUAUAUCAGUUAAAUGCAGAUAAAAAAGUAAAAUGUAAAGCAUUUAGUGCUUUACAAUCACUGGAGGCUGACUUGGGUAUUUUAGCUCAGUUGCAGACAUUUAUGAAAGAACCGUUUAAUCUUGUUCAUAAAAGCCCAGUUGGGAUCCUCGAACGAAGAAGAGGCGGUCAUGCCAUGAAACUUACAUAUUUUGUUUCUCCUUAUGAUUUAAUAGACCAGGAGAAUCGUACCUGUGAUGCACUAAAUUCAGAAAUAGUUAUUAAACGGAAGAUUGGUCAUUCCGUUACAGUUUGUAUGGAAGGUUCCACUGCUCACAAGUUGCCUACAUCUAGUAUCAUAACUGUAAAUAGAAGUCCUACAGGAAAAAGUACUCCAUCCUAUGCUCCAUUAGUUGGUACAAAUUCAUCCGUAUUACCUGCUUGCUUCGUAUUGAAACUUGUUAAGAAGAUGCCAAUGUGUAUGGAACUGUUACGUAGGAUACAAAAGGUCACAGAACUCGAAUGUGGAGACAUAUCUGCUCCACAUCCGCUACUUAGUUUGAUUAUACAACAUGCCAGCGAUGGUCAGCUAGAUUGCCGGAAUAACAGAGGACUUUAUGUUAGUUUACCGGACCAGCAACACUGCUAUUUCAUGACAGAGAACAAAAACAUGGAAGGCGUUUUAGUCUGCAGUAUCUCAUUUACACAUCCAGCUCACGUUCCACAAAUCUUGGUGUAUCUGCGACAGCAGGCGCUAUUCAAUACAUUAAUUGCUAGUUGCGUGAGAUCUAUGGCUCGACAUGAUCCGGAACACGCAACUAUAUUUGAAGUGAGUGCUCUAUCAUGGCAACACAUAUCGGUAAGUUUGGAGCAUCCUUUCGAGGAGACAAUGGCAACAGCAGAAUUGGAUUUGACGGACAUUUCCGCGUUGAAGUGUAAAUUGUACGGCAUCAGCAUUACGAAUACGGAGCGAACGUCGGAUCUGACUGGAAAGGUUCUGCAGAAAUGUUUAAGUAUACCUCUGACAAUGAGGAUUCUCAUGAAAUCGUGGGAAAGCCGCGAUACUUUGGGCACAAUGAAUAAUAUGAACAGCGGAAACGGGAAUUACAACGUAAAUCUCGGUCCCGGGAAAGAUCAGAACAACCAAAAUGGCUCCGGCAUGCCGGACUUUACUAAUGGGGAGGCAAAAAUAAAACAGGAGCCUGGUUUGAACAACGGGAAUGGAACUAUGGGGAGACAGCAAUCGUCGCAGCAACAGCAGCCGCAGCAGCAACAACAACAGCAGCAGCAGCCUUUUUUAGAUGCCGGAACGGAGAAUAGUAUCGGUUUUCCGUCAUAUUCCGGCCAAUCCGAUACCACAACCACUGCGAUGCUGAAUCCUCUGCAACUGGGAGCGUUGCUUGGACAAGCAAAAAAUCCUUUAGUUAAUCCUAUUAACGAACGUACGAAGAAGACGCGUAAACGAAAAACUGCUGACGGUAUUUGGCGGAGCCCGAAGAGAAAAGGAGACGAGACUGCGGAGAUAUUGUUGGAGAGCUCAAGUUCGGAUUCAACGCCGUUGGGUACGCCAACCGGUGGCAGGGAGAACUUGAAUGAAACGAGAACAUCUACGCCAACAUCGGCGACAAGCUUGACCAGCGGUUUGGAUUUUUCUAAUUUGGACCCGACGGACAUUCUGGGAACGGACAAGAGUUCCGAUUACGAUUUCGACAAUGAAAGUGAGAUUACGGAAGUCCAUGAUUUACAAGAUGUGGAAGAAUUGAUCAAAAGAGACCGCAAAUCACGGAAAAGGGAAGAGAAAAAGAGUCCGAUUAUAUUCGAAGAUAACAAAAGUUUGGUGCCGCCAUCAGUAAGUAUAACGCCAAUUUCAAGCAGUAGUUUCGGUCAAACUACGAACUAUAACACUGUACUUACGGGGAUGGGUUUGGAAAGACGACCAGGUAUUGAAAUAAUACCGAUUGCGUCUUCGCCUCAGACUACUUUACCGAGUUCUAUUACUAUAACUCCAAUAGCUGGACCAACGCAGUCCAAAAGUUUGACGGACGAACGUAGAGAGAGAAAGAGCUCGAAGGGAAAGUCGACGGAGGAUAAAGGUAAAAUGGAGAAAAGACGUAAGCGAAAGAGAGAGGACAGUCCUAUGGGACCGCCGCCGGAUAAGAUAUCGUCGAAGCAGGACCCAUUGUCGAAGCCGGUAUCGGUAAGCAUCAAACCGACCGAAUCGCCGCCGAACUUGGGUUCACGGCCGUCCUCGCCCGCGACGACACUAAGAAAAUUUAGUCCGUCGCCGACGCAUACCAGUCCUCUCGCUCUCGUAGGUAAGUCCAGUCCUACACUGAAACAAUCAACCACCAAGCCAGUGCAAAGUCCAAAGCACUCUCCGGUCUAUAGCAGUAGUCCCAAACAUACACCAGUGCCUGCGAGCGUGAGCCCGAAACAUGGCACGUCGUCGCCGAAGCAUGGUAGCUCAGCCAGCACCGGUAAACCGAGCAUGUCCGCGCUGAAAUCCGCGGCAAAUUCUCCUUCUAGUAAAACCACCGAUUCUGGGCAAUCCAAGAUAAAGUCUUCCUCGUCAUCCUCGAGUAAAGACUCCAACCGUGACAAGGAGAGAAAGACAUCGUCGUUAACCUUCGGCGGAUCGAGUGGUCAUCAGAGUCCUAAGACAAAAUCCUCUAGCGGUAAGUUAAAACAACUGGAAUUAAUUCCUAGCGGUGAAACGCAGGCUACCUUGCCGAACAGCGGUGGUAGCACACCUCCGUCCGGCAGUUCGGAGCUCGGAAAGUCUGCGAUCGCCCAGCAGCAGGCGAGGAACAGGAAGGGUUCGCUGAGUGCUGUUAUCGAUAAGCUGAAGAACGCUCAACAUUGCACGGACGAUAGUGGCAAUGGCGGAACCAAGACCGCAACCAGCAGCAGCGGCAACUCGAGUGGUCAGAAAGAAAGAAGCGUAGGAAGUUCAUCGGCCAAGGCUGCGGAGGGAAAGUGCGUCAGUAAAAACUCUUCGAUAGAGUCCAAGAAUCCUGGCGAAUAUAUGGUGAAGCAUAGUUCGGACGGGAUGAAAAUAACGAUCAAUAAAACACGCACAAAAGACUCCAAAUCUGGAACGAACCUGAAGUUGUCGUCGUCCUCCGCAUCCGUUGUGACCGGUGCCUCUUCGAGUUCCUCCACCUCGUCGACCUCGAUGUCGGGUAACGGUUCACCAAAAACGCACACUGGGUUGAAGCCAGGAGUCAGUUCUGGUCCUGCGUCGAAGAAACCUGCGUCUCAGACUUCCCCGAAAUUGUCGGGAUCCUCGUCUUCCGGUUCUGGCAGCAGCAGCGGUAGCAAAACGACGCUAUUGGGGCAAAAGAUGCUGUCAGCGUUGAAAUCCAUAUCAGGACCAAACUCUAGUAGCGGUAACGGUACUGGAGGACUGAACGUUGGCGGUGGCGGAAGCGGUGGCCUGCUUUCUAAGAAUGUGAUGUCCUCAAAAUCUUCUUCGAGCUGCCCAAAAACUACCAGUUCGGGGGUGACGGAUCUCAGCCGGAACCGCGACAAAUCCCGGUUGUCGAAGUCCGGCGAAAAAAGUCUGUUUCCUUCGAAAGGUAUCGGUGAUACCAGAAAAUCGAGCCCCUCUGGUCUGCGGGAGGAAAGCGAGAGCGAAAGAGCGUUCAAGCUUCUCGCAGCUCACGCCACCAUGUCCAAUUUAUCGAGUUUGCCGAACUUGCCGCCCCAAUUGGUUGUAGAGGGGCUGAUGAAGCAGUUAGAUACCAAAUUCCAAAUACCCAAAUUGUCUGCUCGAGUCAAUGCCGAAUCCAGCGAUAAAAAGACCGAGAAGCUGUCCAUGCUUCCCGAUACAGGAAAGACCCUGGAUAACAUAGCAACGAAGCAAGCUACGGAGCCGGGGAAACUGCAAACGAUAUCAAACACGUCGUCGACCACCGCGAAAACGGUGCCGGACGACCAGUCGAAUCAAGGUAGGCGAGAUCAUGUACAAACAAAACCUGACAAUCUUUCCAUGACAAGCGCAGCCUCGGCAAUGUCUAUGAAUCUCGGCGCCGACACCUCCAGCAACCUCCUGCUUCCAGCUCUAGCGAGUAACAGCUCGCACGAUCUGGACAUUCCCACGAACCUCUCGAUGCAGUCAGCAGAGAACGAGUCCCGCGAUUCGUGCAAAGAGCCGCCGAUGAGUAGAAGCAACACACAGUUUCUGAGUAGUACUCUAAACUCCACGGCCAGCGGCAAGGAUGACGCCGCUGGAAGUGGCCCCGUGAUGGCCGUUCUACCAAAAGGUACAGAUGCACCUUCUACCAGUAAACCCGUGUAUUCUACCAUGAUGGCGACAGGCACGAUAGCCAGCGGCAACGGGACCAGCACCCCGAGCUCCGGCAACGGGAAUUCGGAGAGCUUGAACCUGAGCAUCAAGCCGGUGGACGCAAAUUUGACCAAGUAUAAGUCGGACGAGAAGAAGCAACCUCAGCCGCAACAACCGCAGCCACCGGCACAACAACAGCAGCCUUUGCAGCAGCAACAGUCACUGCAACCGCAACAACAGCCGCAGCAGCAGCAAGUACCGUCUUCCGGAGGAUCCUCCAGCACAUCGACGCUGGGAACCGCUGCGUCCUCGGACAGCUCGUCGAACACAAUGAAACCGGCCGGCACGGAGAUACCGCCGACGACGUCUCAGGAGGCUGCGGAGAUGUUGUUGGACUUUUCCACGCCGAAGGACGUGGCCAAGAGUUUGAACUUCACCAGCAUUCCCGAGAGGGCGAUGACACAGGCGGCCUCGGUGCGUAGGAACACGCCACCGCCCCCGCCGCCCGCCUUCCCGGCGAGUCCUUCCGUGAGCGUGCACAUUGUAAAGAGUCCUGCACCCUCGCCGAGAGUCAUCCCGCCCUCGCCUCACUCCGCCUCGCCGUGCAUCACCGACGACGAGCUGAUGGACGAGGCGCUGGUGGGAAUGGGGAAAUGAAGGUUACUGAAACUCUAGAUUUAAUUUUAUCCGCGAAUCACACACACGUUGCACAGGACGCAGGGUGUCCUGCAAGCUUGGUGAGUGAGUAAUGCUGCCUUUCCGCGCGGAUCAGUGUUUCUCAAGCACGUAACACGUACACACGUGUCACCUCGCACGGUACCGCGUAGAAUUUCUCAACAGGUAUCAUGAGGCUGAUUGCUUGCGAGACACUGAUGGAAAUUAGUCGAAUGAUCCUCGGGGAGUUGCGUACACUUCAGCGGGACGUUCUACCUCUUUACUUUUUAUUAGCGAAUUGAAUGUUGCGAAUUCGAAGGAUGGUGAUGUUUUAGGGACCGGCUGUGGUCGAAUUUUAUUGAGUUAAUGUUGCUCGAGAGGAACGUUGUAAGGACGCGCGCCUUGGAUGAGCCACUAUAAUAUAGGAAAACGAGUUUUUUAAUGAAUGUUUUUAAGCUGUGUUACCAUUGUUACGAAUUCUUUGAAAUAUUAUCAUCCACUUGUAUAUUUUCGUUGUAAGAAAUGUAGCUUGUACAAAAGAGACGGUUUUAUUAGUCGAAAUGAUAAUACUCUUUGAAGAAAGUCAUCUUAGCGAGAAAACUUUUUCUAUAUCACAUUGGAUUCUGAAAAAUCGCUCACGAAUCGUUCCAUCUCGCAGUGUUAAUACAGUAAAAUGCGGAUCAGUUUUAGAGCAUGGGUAUUCGAUUACAUGAAAUAAUGGGAACUAUUUAUUUCGAGAAAAAUUGAUUUUAAUACGAUUAAUGCAUUUCACAAAGUGAUGAUAAAAAGCGAUGAUAAUAAAGCGAUGAUAAUAUAUUUUAUUUUACCGUCAUGGUGCGUGUUCUGAUCGAAGCGAGCAUUUCAUUCUUAUUCCCGGGAACCGGUUUUAAUUAAUGAAUCUUUUGAUAGAGGACACCCUGUACAUUGUCGAGACUUAGCGAUUCUUCUGAGAUGUCCUACCGAGUAAUAGCGUUGUUCGCGACCUCGUACGCGAACAUUGAGCAAGUUCAAUCUUCCCGUAUGUAGAGAAUGCUGGUUCCAUUGCAAUGGUCGUUCGCAGAGAUGGAUAUAUAAUAUUUAAGCGCCACAGUGUAUCAAAGCGAUUUCUUCUUAUACAUCGGUUCGUUUUCUUGUGAAACAAGGACUCGAGGUUAGCAAUAAAACGUUUGUUUCUAGAUUUCUAAGGAGACGAAAGGGCGGGAACCGGGGGACGAAAAAUAGUAAAAUGGACGCGACGUACGAGAGAUAAAUAUAUGUAUAGACACGAGUUAUUUUCGAUAGAAUACGCGUUGGACAAUACUUGUAAGGACACCGCGAUGUGGAUGUGUGUGACAUUGAUAUAUGAAGUAUUUCUUAAUUAGUUAAUUUAAUGCGAGCAAGUCGAUUCGAGAGAAAUAAAAUUGUCAAGAAAAAGAUACAUUGAAGUUCGUUCAAGUCACAUUCAGAACAUGUGUUCAAAAUUUCGUAUUGCCUGAAACGAAUCCAACAAAGCCGUCGAUGAUAAAGAUUUAUUUUCCUUUAACCCCGGGAACAAUCCAGAAAAAGUGUGCUUUUGCAACAAGACUUCCAGGCAAUUUCAUUGUACGCAUGAGUUCGACCGAGUUCGGCACACCCUGUAUAUGGACAAUUUUCGCGCGCAAUGCCCGGGAGAAAAGAGAAGCGAUCGUCGAGUCCUUUAUUCUCACAUCUUCUUUCGUUGUUCAUUCCCGUGCAUCAUUCUUUAACGAUGUAUGUAUGUACAAUGAAGUAAAUCGGUACUUCGAUGACGCGAAGCCUGUGUGUUACCCAGUUUUAUGUAAUCGAUCGAGUUAAACACGAUCGGUAUCUCGUGCGAUUACUUUGUUACGUUGGUCUUCGAUCGAUCCUUGAAUAAAACUUUAUAGAAAGAUA